UCCUGCUUUUGGAGCGGUCUCAGGUCCGCUUGGCGUUCACAUAUGCAUUUGAAGCGCCCCAAAGUUCACUACAACCGAACCGAGACCGAGGGUUCAUACAUUUUCCCAAUUCAAGCACUUUUCAAGCAUUUUCAAGUGAGCAUCAGAAAAAAGAGCUCAUUCAUGCAGAAAAGCAGCUCUGGAGGAAACAAAAUAACGGAAGUAAAUCAGGAAAAGUCAUGUCCUUCCAGCCGGACCGUGGGGGUCUGAGGGGACAGAUGCCCCCCGGCCAGAACUACCUGAGCCCUCCCGCUCCCCAGCCUCCUGCUCCACCGUACCGUUACGACCCACAGACUCUGCCGGGUUCGGGUUACCAUGGCAGCGCCGGCUGCAUGCCCCACCACCCUGACUUCAUGCAGUACCCUCCCCCGGCUCCGUCGCAGCAGACCCCCGGCGCUCUGAGGCAGUGCCCGCUGCGCCCGCCUUUCCCCAAACCACCUCCCAAUUUCCCGCCUCCCCCUUUGCCCAGCUCAGCAGGGGGUCCUACUCCCGGCUCCCAGGUGUCUGUUCAGACCUCCUACCCCCCCUACAUGAUGCCUCCACCCCCACUGCCUCACCCAACCAUGCCUCCGCCCAUGAGCUACCACCCCCCGUACCCCAUGAACUACCCUCCUUUCCCUCCUCCGCCCUUCAACCCUGGCUACACCCAGACCGCUGGCUCCUUCCAGCCGGACCACGGCCUGCGACACGGGGGGCCGUACCCGUACGAGAAGUCCGCCGACAGCCGGAGGUCACCGGAAAGAGGGUAUCGCUAUGACGACCACAGGCAGAAGAGCUACGGCGAGCGACACAGAAUGGAGUUCAGCGGAGAGAGGAAGGAGCGCGGGAGGAGUCCCGACCGGCGCGGGAGGCCGGAGGGAGGGCGCUACAAAGCUGACUACGACAGAGGGAGGAGUCCGCCGCGACACCGGAGCCGGGAGAGGAGCAGGGAGCGGUACCGCCACCGAGAUGUUCGUCGAUCCCAGUCACCUGAUCGGUACAGGAAGAGACCUCGGAGCCGCUCAACGAGCCGAGAAAGGAAGCGAGGGCGCUGGGAGGAGGAGAAGGAGCGGAGGUCAGACAGCUCCUCGGGGCCGAGCCGGGAGCGGAGCUACUCGUCCCUCCGGAGCCGGGACAACGACGAGGCGUUCGGGGAGCGCGAUCGGCAGCGGGACAGAGAGAAGGAGAAGUACGACGAGGAGGAAGAGCAGCUGAAACCCGCCUGGAUCCGCUGCACUCACGCCGAGAGCUACUACUCCAACGACCCCAUGGACCAAGUGGGCGACCUCCCGGUUGUGGGAACCAGCAAACUGCGCGACCUUUACGAACGCUUCGAGGACGAACUCGUAAAGAGGCCAGGAACGAGCCCAAGCCGCUCGACCCAGAUGGGAGCCGCCUAA